AUGCAUUUUGGACUCAACAUAUCCACCACAGUCGCUUCUGCCACGGCCGCUAAACCCCACAAUGCUGUUCAUCGUCAUCUUCGCCACCAUGGAUACAGAAUCAUCGACCCAUCUUCCUGUUAUCCUUCUACCAAAACCGCCGUGAUAUUUCCAUCGACCCGCUCAUAUUCGCGCAGGUGUGUUUAUUUUUCUCGUCUUGUUCGCGACGCUCAAGGCGGCCGCCGAUUUUGCCGCGCCAAGGGGGAUGACCUUGGGCAGGAGGAAAAUCAACCAUUUAUCCCGGUCCCAGGUAACGAUGAUGGUGAAAACCAACAAUCGUCGCAGUUUUUGCAGCAAUUGGGCGAUUCCGCCAUUUUAUCCGCUUGUUUGGUUGGCCUGUUCACCGGCCUUGCCGUCGUACUUUUCAAUUACACGGUGCAUGAGAUUCGUGAUUUGUGCUGGGAUGGAAUCCCGGGCCGAGGUGCUGAGUGGUUGAGAGAUGAGCCAAUCAAAGCCAAAUGGGGACGCGUAAUAUUUGUUCCUGCUUUUGGAGGUCUGAUUGUUAGUUUGCUGAACAUGAUUUCCACUACUGUAGAGAAUGGUACUUUCAUGUCCAGCUUCAAAUCUGCUUUGAAACCAGUCCUGAAGACUCUGGCUGCUUGCAUCACUUUGGGGACAGGGAACUCCUUAGGCCCGGAAGGUCCAAGUGUCGAGAUUGGUGUCUCUGUGGCCAAAGGAGUGGGCAGUUUCUUGGAUAAGAGAGCUCAAAGGAAGCUAUCGCUCAGGGCUGCUGGGUCUGCUGCUGGAAUUUCUUCUGGAUUCAAUGCCGCGGUUGGUGGGUGUUUUUUUGCGGUGGAGUCUGUUCUGUGGCCGUCACCUGCAGAGUCUUCAUUGUCCUUGACGAAUCCAACUUCAAUGGUCAUUCUGAGUGCUGUAAUAGCUUCGGUCAUAUCAGAAAUUGGUCUUGGCUCUGAACCCGCUUUCGCUGUUCCCAUCUAUGAUUUUCGUUCUCCGGGUGAACUGCCACUCUAUCUUUUGCUGGGCACAAUUUGUGGAUUGGUUUCACUUGGCUUAUCCAACUCUACAUCUUUUAUGUUGGCCUUCUUCAAUGGUGUCCAAAGAAACACUGGGAUACCAAAAGCAGUACUCCCCAUAUUUGGUGGUUUGACAGUUGGGAUUAUAGCCUUAGCAUAUCCCGAGAUUCUUUACUGGGGAUUUCAGAAUGUUGAUACUUUGUUGGAAUCCCGACUAUUUGCCAAUAGUCUUUCAGCUGGUCUGUUGGUUCAACUGGUGGCUGUCAAAAUAGUGACCACUUCCUUAUGCAGAGCUUCUGGUUUAGUGGGUGGUUACUACGCCCCAUCUUUGUUCAUCGGUGCAGCUACAGGAAUGGCAUAUGGCAAAAUUGUCGGUUAUUUGGUUGCCAUAUCCAACCCAGUCUUUCAUCUGUCAAUUCUGGAAGUUGCUUCCCCUCAAGCAUAUGGCCUGGUUGGAAUGGCUGCUACUCUAGCAGGGGUGUGCCAGGUGCCCCUCACAUCCGUUUUGCUUCUGUUCGAACUAACACAAGAUUACCGAAUUGUACUGCCGCUUCUGGGGGCCGUGGGACUCUCUUCGUGGAUAACGUCCGAUCAGACUAGAAAAGGGGCCCCCACAGGCACCAGCCUAAGCCCGAAAGAAAAGAAUGAAGCUGUAGCCACGCAGGAAAGAUAUCCUAAUGAUAAUGACUCAAGCUUCAAAUCAACCUUUAACGAGCGAAACAGAAGUGGCAUUUGCGAGCUUGAGAGUUCGCUGUGUCUGAAUGAAGAUUCGGAUGAUGAUGCCAACAACUUGUUAGUGAAUGAAAUCACGGUUUCACAGGCAAUGAGAACAAAAUAUAUCACAGUGCGGAUGAACACUUCCCUGACCGAAAUGGUAGCCCACAUGCUGGAGGAGAAGCAAUCAUGUGCUGUGAUUGUUGACGAGAACAAUCGGCUCUUGGGCCAGCUGGCACUUGGUGACAUUCAGCAGUUCAUUGAACUGUCGAGAGGUAAAACAAACAGGAAACAUCAUCAGGUACUUGGAGUAUCCGAACUGUGUUCCUCUAUUGGGAAAAGAUGUUCCGUGGCAUGGACAGCAACCCCAAACAUGAGCCUCUUAACUGCUCGAACACUGAUGAAUAGACAUGGCGUAAACCAACUACCUGUCAUUGUGAGUGAUGGUGAUCAUGGAGGCUGUCCAGUCGGUCUAUUAGACAGGGAAUCCAUAGAUCUUGCUUGCAGAGCAUUUGCAAUCCGGGAGGGCCUCAACUGGUUCUUAGUGCAGGAGGAAUUCAAGAAUUGA